CUCUGUUAACAGUUUCCUCACCAAAUAUCCAAAAGAAAAUAUUAGCCAUGGCUAAAUACACAACCUUCAUUGCCUUCAUCUUCUGUCUUCUCCUUGUUGCUGCUACUGAAAUGCAAAUGACAGAAGCAAAAUACUGCUGGAAGAAAAGUCACAAGUGGCAUGGGCCUUGCCACUAUUCUUACAAAUGUAGCCACCACUGCAAGCACUAUUUUGGAGCUGAAUAUGGAAUUUGUAAGAAAUACCAAUGGGGACACAAACAUCAUCACUGGGCAAAAUAUGCUUGCUAUUGCUAUUCUCCUUGCCAUUAAUCAUGAGGAAUUGACUUCAGAGCCUCAACGAUUGGCUUGGACUGAUAUAUAUAUAUAUAUAUAUAUAUAUAUAUAUAAGAAGCUGAUUUUUUGUGUUUGCAGAGUACUAAUUACUGCAUCAACAAUCAGUUAGUGUGAUUUUGUUAUGUGUUUGUGUGUGUCACAAUGUAAUAAGUUUUGUUAAGUCUCUAGCUUGACUUGUUUGGUCAAGCUAAUUGUAUUUGCCUGAACAAUUAUGUUGCUUUCAUUUUAUUUUAUGUUUCUAUAUUGGUGUUUAAUGUGAGGUUGUGAACCAUUGUAUUGCACUGCAUAAUACUAAUAUUUUUAUUAAAAUA